CUAAUCCAGCUACUAUGCCGGGGUAUAAAGUAGCUUUGACGGUCGCAGAUCCGUACUUGCGGUAUUCCGCUGAGCCUCAAACGAGAUGUCGCGCAUAAUAUUCAACUUGGUUUUGGUUCUACUCGUGGCCAGCGUUCACGUAUCUGACGUGAAGGCUGAAUGCGACAAAAAGUUCUCGGAUGUCGCAGCAGACCACACGGCUUGUUCAACUAUCGACAAGUCAGUAGGUGGCGUUAAAGGGAUUGACGCUACUACUAAGGCUCAAAUACUGAAAAUAAGCAAUGAUUACAGGGCGCGGCAGCAAGCCAAGAACAUGGCAAAAUUGGUCUGGGACGACGAGGUUGCCAUGAUUGCCCAGAAGCAUGCGGAGCGGUGUGUCUAUGGACAUGACGAAAACUACCAACGAAACAUCCCCGGGCGGUUCAGCGUGGGCCAAAACAUUGCAAUUGGUCGCAGCAAUUGGGAAUUGUCGCUGCGUGAUUGGUAUAUUGAGGUUGACAACUUUGUAUAUGGAAUGGGCGCCAAGGAUGUCAAGGAAGACAUUGGUCAUUACACAGCGAUGGUUUGGGCAACGACCCUCAAGAUUGGGUGUGGCUAUGCCAAGUGCGAUUACAAGGGGAACGAUCUAGGUUAUUACGUAUGUAACUAUGGACCAGCAGGCAAUGGCCGGAACAUUAAUAAACCGUACAUUAGUGGAACGAAAGGGAGUGAUUGUAAGACGAAAACAUCAGACGGACUCUGUGAUUGCGGUGAUAUCGAAUGUGACAACGGUGGACACCUGAACCCUGAGAAUUGCGAGUGCCAGUGUCCCAACUUUGAAUGGAUCAUCAAAGAAAAUAAUUGCAAACACGACUGCACUAAGGCACCUGCAACUCCUGGGUGGUUCUGCUUUAGUGCCGACGAUUGUAAAGUUUAUUCCAGUAUGAUGGUCGAAUGCCCGAAAAUGUGCGGUCUGUGUCCCUCUGAUUAGACAAAAGGAAAUAAAGCAUCAUACAUACAGAAGGGAUCAACGACUUCAGCAGCUCCUCCCCAACUCCAUUGGCUCGAAUCCUCUUUUUUGCGGACAGUUUAACUGCCUUCAGCAGUAAUCAGUGCUUCAUUCUCAAUUCCUGUUCUGUAGCAUCUCAUAACAAGUUUUCCAUCAAUCGAAUCCAGUCGGUGAUUAAGAAAGGAAAUGCACGAAAUGUAACACGAAUGACAUAGGUGAUGAGUUCCUACGCCUUUCAGCAAAAAAUUGAAAUUUGCCAUUGAAUUUUAAGAUUUCAACUUGCGUGAAUACGUACUGAAUUUCACUGAGCAUUGCAGUCGUGUAGAUGGAUAAACAAAUAUAUGAUAUACACCAAGUUUCAUCAAAUUCGUUUGCAUGAUAACUGAACUACGACAUUGUGUAUUUCUUUUUUCCUCGACCACUGCUAAUUAGCAACGUCGUACCCCUUUAAAUGCAGGUGGCUUAAUAUACAAGUAGGAGAAAUAAAACUGUGUACUUACUUAUGUAUCUUAUGUCUACAUUGUACGGUUCUGCUGGGUCAAUGAAUUCUCAUGUAAACAAUUAUAAUAUCGUACUAUGUAUAUCAUAGUCUUGGAGAAUAAAGUUGAAUUAAAUUGAA